GUUUGCGGCUUUGCGUAUCGUCGCUGUCGGAAGUGGAUGGGCCUGUUGCCGGAACACAAUCUUGCGAAGAAAAAAUGGAAGAUUUUCCUUACGAGUUACGGCUAGUGUUGGAUUUACCUAAGCAUUUACCUCAAACCAAAAAUACGGGUAAAGGUCGUGGCAAGCCGAUCCCGCGAUCCGGUCACCGAAUAGUAAGCGACGACAAUUACGUAUAUAGUUAUGGCGGAUAUAAUCCCAGCAAUCUAUUUCCGCCUAACGGGAUGUUGGCCGAAUUGUGGCGGUACAACAUCUCAACGCAGAAAUGGGACUGUCUCUCUCGUGAUGGCCCUCCAGAGGCCGCGUCCCAUUCCAUGAUUUUGCUGGGAGAUUUUUUGCUAAUCUGGGGCGGCACCGCUUAUCCGUGGGGACGCUGUUUGAGCAACCGGCUGCACUUUUUCCAUAUCCCUUCCAAAACGUGGAUGCAGGAUGUGGAGUGUGCCGGUGACGUCCCGACACCGCGGUACGGGCAGAGCGCGACGUAUUUCGCCGGAAAGCUGUACAUCGUCGGUGGAACUAACGGGGUGGACUACAACAUGGACGCAUACAUACUUAACCUCAAGCACCUGGAGUACGAGCGCAUCCAACCGGAAGCCGAAGAGCAGCCCCUCCCGCGCUACCGCCACGAGGUGGCUGUGCUGGAUGAUUGCUUGUUUGUGCUGGGCGGUGGAGCAGCGGAUAUGAGCGCCUUCUCCUUCAUCGACAUCUGCGUGUUUAACAUGAAAAACCAAGGGUGGAAGACGGUGACCUCGCAGCCUUGCCGAAAAUCCGGUGAGUAUCCCGCUCCCCGGAAAUUCCACUCUGCAGUGCAGUGGGGUGAGUGGGCGUACAUCUGCGGGGGCCAUACAGGGACAGAUGUGCUGGACGAUAUCUGGCGGCUGCAUCUCCGACAGCGGCAGUGGGAGCGACUGCCACAGGAACUGCCUUUUCCGGUGUACUUCCAUGCUGCUGCCUGCACGCCAUCCGGUUGUAUGUUUGUUUUUGGUGGGGUCAUGUGCAAGAUCGGGGAUCGGCGGUGCAAUACGGUGUUCAAGGUGUGGUUGACGGUGCCUACACUGCAGGAGAUGGUUUGGGAUGUCGUGAUGCGGAAUCUGGGGAAGUCAUUAAGGAAGCCGAAAGAGAAUGAGGAAAUUUUGUGGUCAAUAAAAAAUGCUGGAUUUAAGUUACCGUAUUGUUUUUUAAAAAGACUGCAGUAGUUAGAUUAUAAACUAAUAUUUAAUAAAGAGCAGUUACCGCAUACAUCGAUCGUGAUUUCUACCAGGAAGACUAUUAGUGCAGGUCGUCUAAAGAGAAAUAAAAGGCAUCA